UCUCUCUCUCUCUCCCUCUCUCUCUGGCAGCAGCAGUAGUAGCAGUAUAACAGUAUAUUUAAAGGUAUAUGAGUGUGACAGACAGUAUCAUGUAACGGGACCUGGGAGCGACAUGAACGGGCCUGAGCUCAGUGAACUGCCGGACGACUCUCCGCAGCUGCAGCCGCAUGUGAGUGAGCUGAGGCGGAGAGCGCUGCAGGCCACACAACUGACCGCCGUCUCCGCGCUCUCAGACGGAUUCCUCAUCAAGUUCCUGCGGGCCAGAGACUUUGACGUGGAGCUUUCUCUGAAGCUCCUGUUAAACUAUCAGCGUUGGCGGCAGGAGAGUCCUGACAUCAGUGGCUGUCUGUCUCCGUCGUCUGUCCUCGGCCUCCUCAGCACCUCGUAUCACAGUGUCCUCCCGCAGAGGGACCACGCUGGCAGCCGAGUCCUGCUCUACAGGAUCGGACAGUGGAACCCUAAGGACUGGUCAGCCUUCCAGGUGUUCAGAAUCAGCCUGAUGACAUCAGAGAUCAUCUCCUCAGAGACACAAACACAGAGGCGGGGCAUCAAGGCCAUAUUUGACCUGCAGGGGUGGAGUUUAGGCCACGCCCUGCAGAUUAACCCCUCCCUUGCCAGAAAGAUAUCGUCCGUGCUCUCGGACUCUUUCCCUCUCAAAGUGAGAGGAAUCCACCUGGUCAACGAGCCAAUGUUCUUCAGGCCCGUCUUUGCCAUGAUUCGUCCCUUCCUGCCAGACAAGAUCAAACAGAGGAUCCACAUGCAUGGAGCAGAUUUCCAUGACACUUUAAGUGACUUCUUCUCGCCGACCAUUCUGCCGCCAGAAUAUGGAGGGGAGGGGCCUUCAAUAGAGGAGGUGUGUCAGGACUGGACCAAUCAUCUGCUCCAAUCAGAGACGCUCCUGCAGCAGAUUGCUGCUCACCCGACAGCCGAUGUCGCCAUUAGUCCUGAAAACUGCUUGAUAUCACGAGAGGCGGAGACUGAACGGUCGUCAGAGGUAUGAUGUUCGGAAUCUUUGGCCCUUUUUUAAACUUGUUUUGUUACUGUAGACCAAACACACUCUCUGGAAGACAUUCACUAAAAAGAAGAGUUUACAUGAUGCCACGCUUCCAACUGAAAUCUGACCAAACGGCAGGUGUUACACCUUUAGGCAUAAUUUGUAAAAACGUGAGUAAUAUCAUGGAAACACCAUCUCAUUCCUGAUGCAACUUAUGUAAAAGUAUAGUAAAAAUAGUCAAUGUGUGUCAAUAAGGAGUUGAUUGUCAUAUCCAGGCCAUAGGUUGGUAAAGUAACUCACUAUCUUUACAUUAAACUGUUAAUAAUUUAAAAUUCUCCUUCAUGCACCACACUUGGUAUCUAGUAUACAAGAUAGAGUUACAUUCUGAUAAGAAAAAUACAACCUUGUAACUGUAUUGUACUAUGAAGUGUUACCAAUAAAUCUAUAAAAACUGUAGAUUUUUUAAACACAAAACCUCAACUCAAAUAGGUAAUAUAUUGAUUUAAAAACUGUUUUUAGGUCAGCAGGUGUUACUUUAAUCUAUUGAAAGACGUGUUUAUGUCGGCUUUGAUGAAAAAUAAAUAUAAAUAUUAAAUAUUAUUAUUCUGGGAAUAAAUCUGCCUCCUGUGAAAACUUUGCUGGGUCUGUUUAUGCCACUGUAUUUUAACGUCGGUGAUAACAUUGUUACUCCGAGAGCUCAGUAUUUUCUCAGGUGAUGCUCGGUAUAAAACCAGUGAUGGAGUGAGAUCUGCUCUUUGCCAUAUCAGUGUGACAGUUGAUUGUUGGGUAUUGUGAGCGCGAACCCUGCCUUUCCUCCAGCACAUCAUCACUCCAUCCAGACUCUCGUCUCAUCAGACAGUCAAACUAUUCCAUUUUGUACUCUGUUGUUCAUGGUUGACCAUUCCUUUGGGGCUGUUACUUCUUUUAUUGGACCAAUCUGCACAUAACUUUACACAGUGACUAUUCAAUGAUUUGCUUUGCUGGAUUUACUGGAAAUGUAACGUGGCCUUUUUAGCCAUUUGGUCACAGAGCAUUUAGGCUGCUUUUUUCCCCAUUACUAUGUUAAAACGUAUAUACAGAGGCUAUAAGAUAUAUAGAGUGUCUUGUAUUCGUUUUCUUUUCUGAUGAACAGUGAACUAUAUAAACACACUCACAUUGUUUUUAAAUCAGAUUGAAUUUGUGAAAUUUGGAAAUACGUCAACGUUCGUUUGGCUCGUUAACGAAAAUAAAAGAAAAACAGUCUAUUUUUUGACUUUUGCACAAUUAUCGCUGCUCCCGUUUGUUUUUUAAAUAUGUGAUUAUUAAUUAAUUAUUAAUUAAUCCUAACUUUGACUCAACCACACAUAAAAAAAAUUAUUUUGUAAAGCCUGAAUAUGUGACCUAUAAACACACACCCCAGGAUGUCCAUAUAAGGAGUUGUGUAUUAUUCCCACAAGGGGCACUGAUCUGUGAUUCUUUUUAAAAUUAUUUUUGUAUAUUUCUCUGUAACAGUCCAUAACUGUAAUAAGAUUAACAUCUGUCUUAUGUGUAAACAGGAAAUAAAAUGUGAAAUAAAGGACUGAACAUUUCAUUUCAAA